AUGCGGCUCGAUAUCAAGAGACAACUCUUUGCUCGCUCCGAGCGAGUAAAGGGUAUUGACUUCCACCCGACAGAGCCAUGGAUCUUAACUACGCUCUAUAGCGGCCACGUCUACAUCUGGUCGUACGAAACUCAGUCGAUCAUCAAAACAUUCGAACUCACCGAUGUACCCGUUCGCGCUGGUCGUUUCAUUGCCCGAAAGAACUGGAUUGUCUGCGGUAGCGAUGAUUUCCAAGUGCGAGUUUACAACUAUAAUACAUCAGAGAAAAUCACAUCGUUCGAAGCUCACCCUGACUAUAUCCGAUCGAUCGUUGUUCACCCUACCCAACCAUUCGUUCUCACUGCCUCGGAUGAUAUGACCAUUAAGCUAUGGGAUUGGGAUAAGGGUUGGAAAUGUGUGCAGGUCUUCGAAGGCCAUAGCCACUAUGUUAUGGGGCUUGCUAUCAACCCCAAGGACACAAACACAUUUGCGUCUGCCUGUUUAGAUCGAACAGUUAAGAUCUGGAAUCUUGGCUCGGGACAUGCAAAUUACACUCUUGAAGCUCACGAGACGAAAGGUGUGAACAGUGUGGAUUACUAUGGACAGGCCGAUAAGCCGUAUCUUUUAACGACUUCAGACGACAAGACGGUCAAAGUGUGGGAUUACACUACCAAGGCAUUGAUCGCGACCUUGGAAGGACAUACCAGCAAUGUUUCCUUCGCCUGCUACCACCCAGAGCUCCCCGUCAUUAUCUCCGGUUCCGAAGAUGGCACAGUCAAGGUCUGGCACGCCAGCACAUAUAGAUUGGAGCAAUCGCUCAACUAUGGACUUGAACGAGCAUGGUGUGUUAGCUACCAACGAGGUAGACAGGGCAUUGCGAUGGGAUUCGACGAUGGUGCUGUUGUCGUUAAGAUGGGUAGAGAAGAGCCGGCUGUCUCCAUGGACGGUUCUGGAAAGGUCAUUUAUUCACGACACACCGAGGUGGUCUCGACAGUCAUCAGAGGUGACGACUUGAAGGACGGUGCACCUCUCGCUUUGCCCACUAAGGAUUUGGGCUCAUGCGAAAUCUACCCCCAAACCCUUGUGCAUUCGCCGAACGGUCGUUUCGUCUCCGUGUGCGGUGAUGGUGAAUAUAUUAUCUACACAGCUCUUGCAUGGCGUAACAAGGCUUUCGGUCAAGCUUUAGACUUUGCUUGGGGCUCCAGGGACAACAGUAACGAUUAUGCUAUUCGGGAGUCUGCAACAAGCGUCAAGAUUUUCAAGAACUUCAAGGAACAGAAGGAAGGACUCGAUGUUGGUUUCCAAGCCGAGGGUCUCUCUGGUGGUGUUCUUCUAGGUGUCAAGGGACAGGGAGGCAUUGGCUUGUUUGACUGGGAAACUGGCAGUCUAGUUCGACGCAUUGAGGUUGAGCCACGCGAGGUUUACUGGUCUGAAUCUGGUGAGCUCGUCGCUCUUGCCUGCGAGGACACUUGCUAUAUUCUACGCUUCUCGAGAGAAAACUACGUCAACGGCCUAAAUGCUGGAGAAGCCGACGAAGAUGGUGUUGAGUCUGCAUUCGAGGUUGUUACUGAUAUCAGUGAGACUGUCCGAACCGGAGAAUGGGUCGGCGAUUGUUUCAUUUACACAAACUCAACCAACCGAUUGAACUACUUGGUCGGUGACCAGACCUACACUAUCUCACACUUCGACCAAGCCAUGUACAUCCUUGGCUACUUGCCUCGAGAUGGACGUAUCUACCUCGCCGAUAAAGAUGUUGAAAUUGUGUCUUUUGCUCUCUCGCUGUCUGUCGUGGAGUACCAGACUUUGGUUCUUCGAGGCGAUAUGGACUCUGCUGCCGAACUGCUCGCCGACAUCCCGCAAGAUCAAAUGAAUAAAAUCGCUCGCUUCUUGGAAGGUCAAGGAUUCAAGGAGCUCGCUCUCGAGGUCUCACCAGACUCCGAACACCGCUUCGACCUUGCUCUUUCCCUCAGCCGUCUAGACAUUGCCCUCGAACUCGCCCGCGAAGCGGACGUUGAGCACAAAUGGAAGACUGUCGGCGACGCAGCCCUGGCCGCAUGGGACCUGAACCUUGCGCAAGAAUGCUUCACUCACGCCAAGGAUCUCGGCUCUCUCCUCCUCCUCUACACUUCCAGCCGCAACACAGACGGACUCCGCUCCCUUGCCGACCAAGCCUCCGUCGCUGGACUGCACAACGUCGCUUUCUCUGCCCUCUGGACCAUCGGCGACAUCGACGCUUGCAUUGACCUCUUGGUCUCAACCAAUCGUCUUGCCGAAGCAGUCCUUUUCGCACAAACAUACAAACCCUCGAAAACUCCCAAUCUGGUCGUCCAAUGGAAGGAAUCGUUGGAACAAUCCGGUAAGGCUAAAGUUGCUCGUCUGAUCGGUGUACCCCCUGGUGCGGAGGGCGUCGAAGCUGACGACGACCUGUUCCCCGAAUGGGAUGAAUAUCUACAUCUUGAGAAGGAAGGACCGCCCGAACCACCAUCUUCAGAAUCUCUGAUUGAUAUUGAUGGUGAGAAUGGAGAGGCUGAGACGGCCGUUAAUGGGGGAGCGGAGAUUGAGGCCGAGGCGUGA